UGCUCCUGACUGCGAGGAAUGAAAUCCUUAAAGAAAGCAUUCGGAGGGGAUAAAGAAGUCUCUAGCGUUACAAGACUUAUAGAAAUUUAUUCAAGUAAUGAAUAUGAAGAGAAUUCUAUAGAAGGUGUAUUCGAUAUAGUUGAGAGUAUACACUUUAUGAAAAGGAAUGGUGCUGUAGAAGCAUCACGAGCAUUACGGAAACAGCUUAAACAUGGAUCUACCCAUCAGAACAUCCGGGCAUUAACGAUAUUCCAUGGAUGCGUAUCAAAUGGUAUAAACAAUAGCAACUUCCCAGAUAGUGAACUUGAAGCUCGUUUUAGACUAAUUGCUUCAGAUCCUGUCUAUGAUUCUAAGGUAAAGAAGAAGCUGCGAAGUGUAUUGAGGUCAAUUUGCGAAGAAAACAACCAAAAUAGCCGAUACAAGCAGCUAUACGAAGAUUGUGGUAGUGUAAAACCUGCUAGACCAGCUCGUCGUACUCCAUCUACUCUUUCAAAACUCUCUACGUCGUCAAUUCCAAAGUUGAACCAACAAAAAGCGCACAAAGUUGCAGAUUCACCAAUAGAAAUAGAAGAUCCCUUCGCUGAUCCACCUGAUACGCGAUAAAUUUAUAUUUAAACCUUUAUUUUUGUCUCUUGAUAUAUUCUUCUUGCUUUAGCACGAUGAGCAAUUUGUUC